CCUCGGGUUUCUAUGGAUGAGUGUAGCUUCUGUCAUCAGAAAGGUCAUUGGAAACAUGCUUGUCCUAAGCUGGUGCAGCCCAAAGGCCGUUCACCUGGUCCACCAUCCUCUAAGCCAACAUCUUCGGGAUCUCGCUCAUCUGCCGCCUUUUCUGCACCAGUUUUUGAGAAUGGUCUAUCUUCCAAUAUGCAGUCUAUGUUUGAGCAGUUCAAGUCUUUCAUGGUGGCCAAUCCAACUCUUUCGUCCCAGGCUUCCGCUAUGACUACCACUCAAUUAGGUUUGUCUGGUUCAUCAUCCUCAGGAUCGGGUCUCCAAGAGGCAGAUUGGGAUCGGGCGUAGAGUUGGAGAACUAUAUAUCUUGGACAGCUUACAUGUUCCUUUAGAUGUGUCUUCUACUGCAUUGUCUUCUUUUUGUUUAAACAAUAAGUCCUCUUUAUUUUAUAUUUGGCAUUCUAGGUUAGGUCAUUUGUCGAGUGAUCGUUUGAGGAUGUUAGUUCAGUCUGGACAUUUAGGCCAUUUUCCCAUUGCUGAUAUUUCAGAGUGUCGUGGUUGUAAACUGGCUAAAAUGUCUACUCUUCCAUUUAAUAAAAGUAGUUCUAUUUCAUCUUCUCCUUUUCAAUUGGUUCAUACUGAUGUUUGGGGUCCUUCCCCUAUAGUUACUAAGGGAGGUUCGCAAUAUUAUGUAUCUUUUGUGGAUGAUUACAGUCGGUUUACAUGGGUUUAUUUGAUGACACGAAAAUCUGAUUUUUACAAAAUAUAUUCCAAUUUUCACUCCAUGAUUUGCACUCAAUUUUCCACCACCAUUAAAGUUCUUCGUUCUGAUUUGGGGGGUGAGUAUUACUUGUCUGAGUUUGAGGAGUUUUUAGCUACUCAUGGUACUAUUCAUCAGUCUUCUUGUUCAGAUACUCCUGCCCAAAAUGGUCGCGCUGAGCGCAAACAUCGCCAUCUCCUUGAU